UCUUUUCGAAGUUUCUAUCAACGGCGUCGGCCACAUGUUCGCUCGUAAGACGAGAUUUUUCGCGAAAUACCAUUGAAUUAUGGUCAAAAGUGCUGUGAAAUCAUAAUAAGGUACUGAAUAAACUUGACAGUGACAUUGUACAAUUGAAUUGAAGUGGAAAUUUGCAAUAGUUUGCAGUUAAACUCAAUAAUAAGAAAUUUUCAAAUACGCAAAAAGACUACGUUUUUUUCGUCUCUCUUUAUAACUUUAUUCUUCAUCGUCGAAUUGUCAAAUUUCGUCGUACUUUGCGUUCGGUUCGAAACUGUGCUUCGUGAGUGAAUUUCGGUUUUGCACGAAUCGAAUCGUGUGUGUAGAAAAGUGUACACAAAGCAAAGACCGCAAUAAAGAGGUGUUACGAAGAAAACACAAAACGUGCAUUGGAAGUGAAUCGGAUUUUGAACUGUGUGAAUCUCAGCAAAUCGACGUUUAUCAACGUCUGUAAAUUGAUUGAUUAGUUUGAACGUUUUUGUCAUAUUCAUUAGGCAAGGAAGCAACAAAGAGUUUCCACAACGUUUCAACAUUUUCUGGAGUAAGUAACGUAACUGACAUUACCGAUACUCCGGAGUCACACGAUAUACGAACUUAAAUUAACAUGUCAGCAGCUAAAGAAGAAACUUCAAAAACGAGCGCCACCACUGCCACUCCAACGGUGGUCGCUCCCUCUGGUCAAACGUCUACCGCAGCUUCAACUUCGUACGCCAAUGUAUUGCAAAACUUGGAGGCCAAAAAAGGUGCCAUAGCCAAAAGCGGAACCGCUGAUGUCGCUGUUGCUGAUUCUGACAAUAAAGAAAAUCAGCCCAAUUUGAAAACAAUUAAAUCAUGGAGUGAAGAGGCUGCCGCUGCAGAAGCAGCUACUGAAAACUCUUCCAAUACUGUUGCUGAAACUAGUACUUCGGUGACCGGUGAAAAGCGGGCUGCUAAUACGGAUGCUGGGGCUGAAAACUCUUCAGAAAUCGAUGAUAAUAAUGACUUUGUGCCAGUGGUUUCGCAUCACCGACGUGAUCGUAAAAAGCCACGCAAAGAGAAACCUUUCGGACGUGAACGACAAAGUGGCAAUGGCAAUGAAAAACUAGCAAGUGGCGGCGGUGGACCGCGAUCAGGUGGCGGCAAUGGCAAUGGCGGUGGUGCCGAAGGUGGCAAACCUAAACGAGUAGGAGGAGCAGGUGGCAGUGGUGACAAAGAUGGUGAUAAAAAGUACACCAGUCGUCCACGUCAACGCGGCGGUAGUCCACGUAAGGGUGCUGCUGGUGGUGCACCAAAGGCGCCAAAGGAACGUAAAGAUACUUCGCCAAGUGCUAGUGUUGAGAACACAAGCAGUGGAAAUGAAGCAAAAAGUAGCGAUGCCGAGACGCCAGCAGUUGGACCAAACGGUGCUCCAGUUGCACCACCUCAACCGAAGAAAUACGUUGCGGCACCUCCACCGAAAGUAAACGCUUGGAAGAUAUCAAAACAAUCUUCCAGCCCCAAAACCGGUUCGUCGCCAUUAGACAAGCGUGUUUUGCAACCUAAGCCACAACAGCAACAACAACAGCAACAGCAGCAGGCGCAACAACAACCCCAAAAAGUUGCCAACAAGCCAGAGACUGCUCAAGCGCAAACUAAUCCAGUUGCUGAUAGCAAUAAAAGCAACACCACCAACAGCAGUAAGGCAACAGCCGCACAGGACGUGGAAAACGCAACAACAGCGUCAAGCUCAACAGCAGCAGCCACAUCAGCGGCAGCAGCACCAGCAGCAGCACAAACUAUUGUUGUGCCACAAACAGACGUAGCACCGACUGCGGUUGUAAAUAAAGGAAAGAAAGUCAAUCAAAAGGCAAGCGAUUUUAGCAACGCCGGCGAUUGGCCUAUGCUAAUAGGUGGCAAGCCAACAAAUAACGAAUCUAAACGUUCCACGAAACAUAAGCAGCGUGCAACAAACGCAGCAAAUAAUAAAGAUAAAGAAGAUAACGCCAGUACAGGUGCAACAGCAGCAGCACAAAGCAACGCAGAUCAAGCAGCAACAGCAGCAGGAGCAAGCAGUAGUGCCACAGCAGGCGAUAAAGCUUCAACAAGUCAAACACCAAAUGAGUCCAAUAAGCCUAGUACGCAAUCAGGCAGCGGUGAAGGCAGUAGUGGAUCUACUGCCGCAAAUGCCACAGCAGCAGGCAACACAAGCUCAGGAUCAAAUGGCAUCAAUAAGAAGAUUCCCAAACACAAGUGGCGACCUCUGCAAAUCGACCUUGCAAAAUCCAGCCGGCCGAAACCGAUUGGACGCCCCGCUAGACGUUUACCAAACUCUACGUCUCGCUAUCACCAGCAGCAACAACAGUACCACCACAAUCAAGAGCGACGCACCAGCGGCGGUGAUCACAGCAAUGCCGGUGCCAAUGCAACAACAGAACAACAGCGCAACGAUUGGCGUCAACAUGCACCACCAAGCGCCGGCGGUGGUGGCGAAGCCACACGUGGUAGUGAGCGCCCAGCGCGGCCCACUUCCCGCCCUACUGAGCGCAUUGAUUCCUGGCGUAGCGGCAGCGGCACCGAGCGCAGUAGUGCCGUCGGUGGCGGCAGCGUCGCAGAACGUGAAUACGAACGGCCAGCGCGCACGCAACGGCGUUUCCGGACGUCCUAUCGCGGCGGGCGGCAAGGGCGCGGUGGAUUCACAAGACCGGGACCAGGUCGUACGUCAAAUCGCAUACCACGCCAUCUGUUAACCAGUGGCGAAUACGCAAACUAUUUGCCGGCGGAUGCAGCCGGUGCCGAACAGUCCUCGUUUGUGCUCAUGGGCACGCAUUAUUACGGCGCAGUGCCGGCGGCCUUUGUCGAAGUGGACGCACAAUCGCUUAAAGAGGCGAUCAUGAAACAAGUUGAAUACUACUUCAGCGAAGAGAAUUUAACUGGUGAUUUCUUUUUGCGUCGCAAAAUGGACCCAGAUGGUUCUAUUCCAGUCACUUUGAUUGCUUCCUUUAAUCGUGUUAUGGGCCUGACUUCUGACGUGGCACUGAUUAUUAGUGCCAUCAAGGAGUCCGAGAAACUGGAGUUUCUCGAAGGCUAUAGGGUACGCACAAAGACAAACCCUACAAAAUGGCCUAUUCGCGAUAUCAUUGAGACUACAUAUGAUCCAGCCGCUCAGGCGGCUGUUUUAAAUGCAGUAGUGAACAGAGCAGUAGGCCAGACACCAGAAAGUGUAAAUAAUGAUAUACAAAAGACUAACGAAGCUGAGAUUGCGCCUGGCAGUGGUGGAGACAGUGUCAACACUGCAGCGACUCAAACUGCGGUUGAGGACAAUAAGAAUGUGGCAAGCCCAACUGCGGAUGUGGCGUACACCAGCGAAGUGCCCUCAAUGUUUACCUCAGAACUAAUAGCAACCCUACCAAUAACUAAGAUACCGCCACCGCCAGUGCCACGGAAUUCACAGAAUUCGGUCUCCUCGUUAUUGAUGCAGCAGGUGAAGCAAGUGCCAACGCCAGCUGCGAAUGCGGAGAAUGCCAUAAGCGCACUCACACAAAAGGUGGCUGAGGUCGAGAGUGGCAGUGGCGCUGUGGCUCAGUUGGCGGAUCACUUGAGUGGACUGGCCGAAAGCGUGAAGAUGCCGACAGUGCCUGCGCAGCCACAAUUGACGUCGACGCCACAGAAGAAUCCAGAGAGUAGUGGUAAGAAGAGGGAGGUGCAAGGCGUUGCUAAAGGCAGCAACAGCAAUGCGGCGGAGGUUGACGACGAGACGGCAGGCGAUGCCGCUGAGGGCAUGUGGAAAGAGGUAAAGAGACGCUCAAAAUCAAAUGCUAUAAAAGAUACUAAAUCUUCCAAUCAACAACACUCCACACAAUCGCCAUCCACACAACAACAACAACUACAACAAAACAAUAAAACACCCAACACAAAUGCUACCUCUGAAACGAAAUCAUCAUCAUCGAUCACGCCAAACAACAAUAACAAUGUAAACAAAAUCGAUACAAAAACAAACACGGCAAGAACCACAUUGACCACUUCGAACGCCUCCGCCACAUCGAAUGCUAAAAAUGUAAUUAACACCAACAACACCACGAACGCCACAACCACAACAACCAUUAUCAACAACAAAACAGCUUCUCCGCCAACCGCUCAAUCAGCAGCAACAGCAGCAGCAGCAGGUUCAGUUGGCCUCCCAACAAAUGCCACUGAAAAGGAAGAAUUAGAUUUUCAAUUCGACGAAGAGCUCAUGGAUCCCAUCCCGGCAUCUGGACGUAUAAAUAAUUUCACCGAAAACUUCUCCGACGACGACGAAUCCGACUACGAAUUUGCUGACCGCGAUAUCAAUAAAUUGCUGAUUGUGUCACAAGUACAACGUGCACCGAAACACGAAGGCUACGAUCGCACUGCCGACUUCCAUUCACGUACGAAAAUCACACAAGACCUCGAGAAUGUCAUCAACGAUGGUUUGGCUAAUUACGAAGAAGAUCUCUGGACCACAUCGAAUGUGGGCACCGCAUAUCGCACGGUAAAUGUCAUCUCCCAAGAAGAUUUUGAGAAAAUGAGUGGUGGUCGCGUGCAACGCAAUUACGCACAACAGGCACCGCCACCACCACCGCCAGCCUAUGAGGAUGAGGAUUCCACACUGAAUAGCACGCUCAAUUCGACAUUGAAGUCGCGUCGUGCUCGCUUCUAUGCUGCGCCCAAUUCACAUUCGAUCGAUCCGCGUACACCGCGCAAACGUAAGACACGCCAUUCAUCGAAUCCACCAGUGGAGGCGCACGUCGGUUGGUUGCUCGACUCCGUCGAACAUCGUCCGCGCACCACCUCAAUGGGUUCGUCGGCGGGCACCUCGCCAACGACCUCAUCCUAUGGUUCAUCUGUGCCACAAUCAUUGCCGGUCUUCCAACAUCCCUCGCACUCGCUGCUGAAGGAGAACAACUUCACACAACAAGCUUACCACAAAUAUCAUUCACGCUGCCAAAAGGAGCGCCGUCGUCUAGGCUUCGGCCAAUCACAGGAGAUGAACACUCUGUAUCGUUUCUGGUCAUUCUUUUUACGUGAAAAUUUCAACAAAACAAUGUACAAUGAAUUCCGUACUUUGGCGCUGGAGGAUGCCGGUCACGGUUUUCGCUAUGGAUUGGAGUGUCUAUUCCGUUUCUUUUCGUACGGUUUAGAGAAGAAAUUCCGACCAAAUGUCUAUGAGGACUUCCAGGAUGAGACAAUCGCCGACUAUGAAAUUGGUCAACUCUAUGGUCUAGAGAAAUUCUGGGCUUUCCUCAAAUACUACAAAAACGCUGAAAAACUAACGGUCAAGCCAAAAUUGGCUGAAUAUUUGAAAAAAUUCAAAACUAUCGAAGACUUCCGUGUCGUCGAGCCCGAGAUCAAUGAAAUGUUGCAAGGUGUUGGCAGUCUGAAUCGUGGACGCAAUCUGAAUCGAUUGCGCAGCGUUUCCGAGAGUGAUGGCACCGCUGUAGUCGCUGCCGGUGGACGCAAACCGAACACCACAAUCAGCAAUCGCAGCGAUUAUGUCGGCAAUCGGCCACAAUAUCAGCAGCAACAACAGCAACAACAACACCAACACCAACAGCAACAACACAAUAAUCAACAUGCCGGCAAUUAUGCUAACUUCAGCAGCAAUCGACGCCGCACCGGCUCCUUCGGCAGUGGUAAUGUGCGCGUACGCAGCGGUUCGUUGGGCAAUAAGCCGCAAGUGGUAUCGCGCAACAACAAUUAUCACCAUCAUCAUUAUGGCAGUUCGCCGCAUGAGUUGCGUCGUGGCGGCAGCAAUUCCGGUCUCGCACCGCACAAACAGCAUCAGCAAAACCGCCAACAACAACAGCAGCAUCAGCAAUAUCAGCAACAAGCGCAAAAGUCUAAACAACAACAACAGCAACAACAACAAGUACAAAAUAAGGAUUCCAAUAAUGCGCCGAGCGCAAACAAUGCAGCUGCUGCGCUGAAGAAAGAUCAUCAAAAUUAUGCGGCGGCGGCGGCAGCAACCAAAACAAAUAAACCAUCGAUAGUCAACAAUAAUGCAGCAGCAGCAACAACAACAACAACAACAACAACAAAAGUCACUGCGCCAGCUGCAGCCGCAGCGGCGAGCGUAGCAACGGGCGUGAAUGCAACGUCAGCGGAGAAAUAAUUGUUUAUUAGCAUGAUUUUCCUUGAAUAGAAAAACAACAAACAAACAAACACACACACACACUUAUUUGCUACUGUUAGUUUAUCCUAUCUUAUUCUUUAUAAUUAUAAUUAUUAAUUCUUUUUUUUUUUUUGCAUAACGUAUGUAUUUUCUUCUAGUUUUGAGUAUUUUCAUGACUACAAAUGGCACACACAAACACAAUCACACAUAUUAAAUUAGCGUAAAACACGUAUAACGGUAAACCGAAAUAAAUAAUGCAAGUGAAUGCGAAAAGUUCAAAUAUCGUUCGAAAAAAAAUACAUAUAUAUCAAGUCAAAUCAAAUUAUCAACAAAGAAAAGUAGUGAACCCCCACCCCAUUAGCAAGACGGCUGCGCGAAAAAUUGGCUUUUGCUCUCUGUGGCAUUCUUAAUAAAAAUACAAAUACAAAAGCAAAGCCGUGUUUGGCGCGCAGCACGCCAAAGAGAAAUUACGUUUAUAUAACUGAAUUUUGUUUUUGUUUUUUUAUUACUAUUAUUAACUUAUUUUGUAUGAAACAAAAAUUAUGAAGAUGCUCAAAAUUCUGCUAAACAAACACACACACACAUAUAUACUAUAUAUAUAUAUAUAAAAUAUAAACUACCACUACUACUACUACAUAUAUAUAUUGUCAUGCAUGUUACUAUUAAUUGUAAACUUAAUUUCAUAGACGUUCAAAGCGUCGCUUUACGACUAUACAUACAUAUAUAUAUAUAUAGAAAUUUACAUAACAUAUGAAUGAACCGAAAACAUAUAACGUUAAAGAAAUAUAUUUGCUAAAGUGACUUUUGUAAAAAUGCGAGAAACAAAAAAAACGAAAAACACACAAAAACAAAAACAAAUAUGUAUGUGCAUUGAUAUUUUCAAAGGCAAUUAAAGGCAAUCAAAGGGAAUGAGGUUGAAUUUCGACUGCGCCUGGCAGCAAUAAUAACCAUAUAUGUAGAUACCUACAUAAGUGAAGAUGGUUGAGUUAUGAUGAUGAGUAGGUUUAAAUGCAACGGUUGUAAUGAGCAGAGCAGAUCUUUAGAUCGACAGC